UGUGUGUAGGACGGAAGGAACGAACUGAGCAAGGCGAAAACGUCACUGCAGGCUCUGAGGAAGCUUGCGCCACGCACCAGCCACUUUCGGCGGGCCUGCAUAGAUCCCCGUCGAAUCUCCGACCAUACUUCACUACGACUUCCUCGCGCUUGGAGAAUGUGGUUGCCGCAGUUGGAAACAAGCGGUCGCUCUUUCUAACCUGUCCACCAUUCCUUCCUAGCUCUCAACCACCAUGUCGCACAGCAAGCGCAACACCUCUCUAGCAUUUUUUACCUCCUACGAGCGCGCCUCGCUCAAGAACUCAUGGGGCACUCAAUCCACCCGCCUCACCCGAGACUCCUUUCUCCCUUUUGGCUCCUGCCAACUAUGUCUCCUCCCUGCCGAUGACCCCGUCUGCUGUCCUUCCGGUGACCUCUUCUGCCGAGAAUGCGCCAUGACCAAUCUCCUCGCGCAACGGAAGGAAAUCAAACGGCUAGAAAAGUUGGAAGAACGGAGGAAAGAGGAUGAGGAAGACCAAAAUGCACGGGAAGAUGACGAGGCGAGACAGCGGGCCGUGGAAGAGUUUGAGGCUGUCCAGAUGGGAUUGGAAGCAAAGAUUGGCGCCGGAGGCAAGCUUGUUGGGCGAGGAGGAGGGAAAGUGGUUGUGGAGAGUGAGUAUGAGACUAGGCCGGGCGAUAGUGAAGGCAAGAAGCGGAAAUUUGAGAUCGAUGAGGAGGAGCUCAUGCGGAUCGCGAACGAGGAGCGGAGCCGGGCGAAACUAGCGCUAACUGAAGAGAAGAAGGCGGCGAAGGGGCAUCUUCCGAGCUUCUGGGUGCCGAGCGAGACUCCGGACUCGAACUACAAAGUUGCAGAAACUGCGAAGCGGAACCCGACGUGUCCGUCAAGCGACCCGGAGAAACCACAUGCGCUAUCUCUCAAGGCUCUUACGGGUGUCAAUUUCACGGAAGAGAAAUCCACGGAAACGGGGAAACAAGUGCGGACAUGUCCGAGCUGUCGAAAAGCUCUUUCGAACGCAACCAAAGCCAUGGUUGCGAUACCCUGCGGACACGUCCUCUGCAAGCCUUGUGUAGAGAAAUUCAUGAAGCCAGAGCAUCGGCAUCACCGAGACGCACAUGAUAACGCUCCCGAACCGGACACAGUCCAUUGCUAUGUCUGCGACGUUAAUCUCACUAUAAUGCCUGGGAAGAAGGAGAAGGAAAGCAAGAAGCACAAAAAAGACAAGGAAAGGGGUCCAAAGCCCGGCCUCGUCGAGAUUCGAAGCGAAGGUACAGGAUUUGCGGGCGGAGGCAAGAAUAUGGUGAAGAAGGAGGGUGUGGCAUUCCAAGUUUGACAAGGCUUGAUCCGAAAUGUAUAUGUCUGUUUCUAAGGCCUUGCCCUAGUUGGCUCAAAC